UCAAACUCCCACCAUUGAAGUUUUUCAUGAAAAGUCGCGAAAACUUGGAAAAAUAUUCGACUUUGGCCGGCCGGUUCAUUUCUUAUUAACAGUGAAACUAAGCGUGUUAAGUUCAAGGCGUUUAAGUUGCUCAUUGGUGUUUUUCAAGAUGUCUCGCCUAGACAUAGUGAUAUUUGGGGCCACGGGCUUCACCGGACGUAAGGCGGUGGAGGAGGCAGUCCGCAUCAGCAAGAAGACUCCUAUCUCGUGGGGCGUCGCUGGACGCUCACAGCAGAAACUCGAGCAGCUUCUAGCUGAAGUCGGGGCUAAGACAGGUGGCGAUGACCUGUCCAAGGUCAAGAUGAUCAUCGCUGAUGUGAAGGACGAGCAGUCUCUCAAGGACAUGACCUCUCAGGCCAAGGUCAUCGCCAACUGCUGCGGGCCGUAUCGCCUCUAUGGAGAGCCGGUGAUCAAGGCAUGCAUCGCUACCAAAACCCACCAUGUGGAUGUCAGCGGUGAACCGCAAUUCAUAGAGUCGCAGCAACUGGCUCACGGCGCGGCGGCGGCGGCGGCCGGCGUGUACGUAGUGAGCGCGUGCGGGUUCGACUCUAUUCCAAACGACAUGGGGGUCGUUUUCCUGCAGCAGAACUUUCCAGGGACCCUGAACUCGGUGGAGUCGUACUUAUGGACGCACAUGCCGGACCAGUACUACAAGGAGAUGAUGACUGGAGGCUGCAUACACUACGGGACUUGGGAGUCACUUGUAUACAGCCUGGCCCACUCAGGCGAGUUAAGUGCGCUCCGGAAACAGCUGUUUCCCACCAAACUACCCGCGUUCAAGCCACGGCUGGAAGCCAGAUCAAGAGUCCACAAGCACGAUUCUAAAUGGUGCCUACCCUUCCCGGGAGCUGACAACUCUAUCGUCUACCGAACUCAAAGAUACUUCUACGAAACGAAACAACAACGCCCCGUCCAGUUCAAAGCUUACAUUUCCAUGAACAGUCUCGCCACUACUAUCCUGCUAAUUUUAAACGCUGUCUUCGUGUCAGCCAUGACUUCCUGGGGCUGGAGUAGGAAGCUACUUCUGAAUUAUCCCAGGUUAUUCUCUAUGGGCAUGGUGACUCACGACGGGCCGACGGAAGGGGUGAUGGAUAAUACGUUCUUUACGUUUACUCUGAGAGGCGAGGGGUGGAGCGAGGGAGCUGAUAUGGAGAACACGAAGCCGGAUAAACACAUGGUGGUUAAGGUGAAGGGCGUAAACCCAGGGUACGGCGCGACGGUGACCGCACUCAUGUACUCGGCACUCACUGUACUCAAGGAGCAGGACAAGAUGCCCGGCACUGGUGGAGUGCUUACAACCGGGGCUGCCUUCAAAGACACCAGCCUGAUCAAGCACCUCAAUGAGAAUAAUCUUACCUUUGAAAUAGUUUGUGAUUCAAAAAAAUAAACUAAGUAACUUCAGAUUUUAUUAAGAAAUUAUUCAAGCUCUAUGUUAUUUUCUGAGUUACGCUGUUUUAUAUUUAUAGCUCUCAGAUUUGUUGAAUGAUAUUAAAGGUGAAAUGUAUGUCGUGUAGUCUUAUGUAAGUUUAUGGAUUAGUUAAUAUUUAUAUGAUUUACUUUAUUACUUAGAUGGGACAUAUUUAUGUACGGAUAAUAUUUUAUUUUAGAAUACAAAUAAGCAGAUCAAUACCAAUGCAUUUUAAAGUUUUCAAAUUAUUAUGAUGUUCAUUGCAUUUGUCUUGCAUUUGGUAUUAUAUUUAUUAUGGUUUUAAGUAAUUGUAUUGAAAUAUUUAAGUAAUACUUUAUUUAAGGGUGAUUUUAUUUAAUCGAUUGCCUUUACUAGUGUCAUACUAAAAGUAAUUGUGAUAAUAAAAACCAAAGUGCUUGAAGUAUCUAUCUAUCUAGAUAUAAGUAAAUGUAUUAACCAUUCCAAAGCACUAUUUAAAUAAAGUAACUAUAUAAAUGCAA